UACGUGCGACCAGUCGCCCUGCACUGGUGCUCCGUGCCGAACGUCCGUUACAGUGGCUCGCGCGACGUAUCAACCAUGUGGUGAAGUGAACCUGUCAAACGUGAUACACACUCGUACACCAGUUCCUGCGUUAGUGGACUUUCCCACUACACUGAUAUCUUCCUGGUGAUUUUUGUGUUGACGAAGUGGUGCUUAUUAGUUGGAAAGUUGGAUUAUACGAUCAAAUAAUGGCCUUAGCGAGGUAUAAUCAGCAAUCCGCGCGCUCGUCUUGGUUGAAGCUCGGGUCGGGCAGCGAGUGCGGCGGUGGCGCGUCGGGCGGGGGCGCGCCUGCUCCGCAGUCGGCGCGCGUGUCCUCCAACGGCGCCGGGAUGGCGGUCAGCCGCGUGCCCAGCCCGUUGCACGACGGCAACACGCCCGUCGCGGAGAACUGGUGCUUUACACAGGUUAAGGUGGUGAAGUUCAGUUACAUGUGGACAAUAAAUAAUUUUAGUUUUUGUAGAGAAGAAAUGGGUGAAGUGUUAAAAUCAUCGACAUUCUCAGCCGGUGCUAGUGACAAAUUAAAAUGGUGUCUCCGUGUUAAUCCUAAAGGACUGGAUGAGGAGAGCAAAGACUAUUUAUCAUUAUAUUUAUUAUUAGUGUCGUGUAAUAAAUCAGAAGUUCGGGCAAAAUUUAAAUUUUCAAUAUUAAAUGCGAAACGGGAAGAAACAAAAGCAAUGGAGUCACAACGGGCCUACAGAUUCGUCCAGGGCAAAGACUGGGGCUUCAAAAAAUUUAUCAGAAGAGACUUCCUAUUGGACGAGGCGAACGGCCUACUACCUGAAGACAAGCUGACGAUAUUUUGUGAAGUGUCAGUUGUGGCGGACAGCAUAAACAUUAGUGGACAAAGUAACGUGGUACAGUUCAAAGUACCCGAGUGCCGGUUAUCGGACGACCUGGGAGCGUUGUUCGACAACGAGAGGUUCUCGGACGUCACGCUAGCGGUCGGAGGACGGGAGUUCCAGGCACACAAGGCGAUAUUGGCAGCGCGGAGUCCCGUAUUUGCUGCGAUGUUCGAACAUGAAAUGGAGGAGAGGAAAAGAAAUCGAGUGGACAUUACGGACGUCGACCACGAAGUGUUACGGGAGAUGUUAAGAUUCAUUUACACAGAUCGAGCGCCUAACCUAGACAAAAUGGCGGACGAUUUAUUAGCAGCGGCAGAUAAGUACGCGCUGGACAGGCUGAAGGUGAUGUGCGAGGAGGCGCUGUGCACCAGCCUGUCGGUGGAGACGGCGGCCGACACGCUCAUCCUGGCCGACCUGCACUCUGCCGACCAGCUCAAGGCGCAGACUAUCGAUUUCAUCAACACGAGUCAUGCGACCGACGUGAUGGACACAGCGGGCUGGAAGAAUAUGAUCUCGUCGCAUCCGCAUCUCAUCGCCGAGGCCUUCCGCGCGCUCGCCACGCAGCAGCAGCAGAUCCCACCCAUCGGCCCGCCCCGUAAGCGCGUCAAGCAGGCCUAAGCAUGCUCGCGGGUCGCUCCAGCCCGCUGAGCACACCAAAUCUUCCGAGGCCUUCUGCGCGCUCAGCAGAUCCCGCCCAUCGACUCGCGUCAAGCAGGCCUAAGCCCGCCGCCGGGUCUCUUCAUUCCCCCGAGUACUCCGCGCACUUGCCACGCCGCAGCAGCAGAUCUUAUCCAUCGGCCCGCCGCGCAAGAGCGUUAAGCAGGCCUCAGCGUGCCGCGGCUUGCGGUUGUCUGCCGCCACCGGUUCGCUCCAAGGCACGGCGAGAGAUGUAUGUCGUGCGUGGUCAGACUUCGUUAGAACAGCAUGUGUUCCGGCGUCUCGUCGUCCAACUCUCAGCAUAGAGGCCCAGAAUGGAGCUGUAACAGAAGUGCCUGUUAUAGCGCGCUGUAUUGAGUGUACCUUUUUCAUGCUUACGGGCCUUAUUAUCAAUUCAAUUCAAAUCGUCGAACUAUAAUAAUUAUAUUGCUCCUGCUGGUACGGACGUAGAUAAAUACCAAAGACACACAUAUCUGACUAAUGCAAGCAGUAACCGAGCAAGCUGCUUAAAACUAAUCUGGUUUUUUUUUAAAUAACUUUUCAUAUCACAUUAACAAAAGCGUCCCUGCAAAUUUCCUCGCCGUAAAACGUUUGUUUCUUUAAUGGCAAACAAAAUAAAAUCGAAACAAUUACAAAAUUAAAGUUGUACUUUCGAGGCUGGCGUCUGUAGUCUUUAAAAAUAAAUCUCAAAGUAACUAUGAAGAGCUAUUUCCUUGGGUUUACUGAUUUUCUCAAGGAUACUACUCCCCACUUUUCCAGUUAGUAAAACAUUCAUAUUAUUAUCGUUUUCAUAGGAAAGUAUUGCCCAUGACUGGAUGUUAAGUCACAGAAAUAAUAAGUACUCAUACUCAUACAAGAAGUCAGUCGUGCUGCAUUAUUGUUUGCAUUAGUUAUACUGUGACGCACACAUCACCCCCUAACCUUACCAUCCAGUACGACCCACAUUUAUAUCAUACAAUUAUUAUGUUAAUGUGAGUAGGAAAAACUGAACUAAGCACAAACCACACCGCGAUCUAAAACUACUUAGCUCACGUAGCAUCCAUAUUUUCAUAGUUCACUUUAAACCACAAAAGGUCUAAGCUAAGCAAGUUAACUGAACUAUAGAGUAAAUCUACCCGAUGCUCUAUACGGUAACUAUAUAAGUGAACUAUGUUGUCCUUCCUCCCUUCACAUAGUGUCGUCCCAGAUAUAAUAUUAUUGCGGGUUUCAAACGAUAGGGGCGUACAAACCAAAAUACGAAUGCUUUCCGAUUUUAACAUUAGCGAGAGAUAACCUCAUAAUCACUACCCAAAUUAUAAAUACGAAAGCGUGUUUUUGUUGGUUUAUUUAUUUGUCCUUCAAUCACGUCGCAACAGAGUAACGAAUCAACAAUUUUUUUGCAUAGGUGUGGUUAAUGACCUGGAGAAUGGCAAUAUAAGCGUUUUAGACAUUAAUCUCGGAAAAUCAAAGGGUUCCCACUGACUUUUUUUAAAAACCUAAAUCAGCGCGGAUGAAGUCGCGGGCACCAGCUAGUAUUGGAUAAACUACUUUUUAAGAUAUUAAUGAAGUAUUUUUGAUUGUAACAAUAAUAAAGUUAUUUAGUUUUUCUUACCUCCUGAAAAGUAAAGGUAUAAUGCUUCUAUAGACUUCAUUCACAUCACUUCACAUAUUUAAAUUUUUGUGUGAAUCUGUUUUGAUAGUUGGUUAAAAGCCAAGCUAAGUUGUUUUAGUUCGCUGUAUGGAUUGCGCUUUAAGUAUUAGGCCCAUAGAAACAAUAUAACGGAAUUGCCAGACAAAACUAGAAUGAAUUGAUCUUUAAAUCCCUUAUAAAAUAUGCGUUAGUCGUUAAAUCAAUGUUUCGAUGUUUGUGAUUACCGGAUAAAAGUCAGUAGACAUUAUCUACUGACUGAUAAUGUAAUACGUAUACAUAUUUUAUUAACAUAAACAUCCCUAUCAGUGUUUUAAUAAUAUAAAACAGUAAUUACACUGGGAGGCCAGUAGCCACGUACUAACUCUCUCUCUCUCACACACACACACACAAAACUUGUAAGCCGUAUGAAACAUAAAUUAAUAUUCGUUCACAGUUUCAUUAAACAGUAUAUUGACAAUGUUAAAGCCAGUGCUCUCUGCGGGAAACGAUAACAUUACUUUAAGACCCGUUAAUUUAAUUUACUUUUGAAGAGAGAGAGAGUUACCAUUGACAUGAAAUUUUGUAAAAAUAUAUUACUUAUAAUAUGACGUAUUGAGCGGCAAAUAAUAAUUUGCGCAAAAAGCGGCGCGAUGGGAGAAAAUUGGAGCAUCGGUGGAACAACCAAUCGCGUACGCUCGCGCGGUAGAAAUUCCAUCACGCCUCUUUCGGUCCGCCGACGAGACUGAUAAUGCGCAUUUGUUCAAGUUGUUUCCGCUAGCUGUACCACACAUUAUGAAAAGUGUUUGUAAAAAGUAAUGCAGUGUGAGCAGAUUGAACGCAAAGUAAAUGGACUGGACAAUAUUGAAACUGUUGAACCAUUAAGGUUCUAAAAGUGGUUCGAACUUCGAAUGUGCCGACUAAUAUAAUAAUAUUAGCGAUAAACAUUAGUAUUAAUAGAGGUUCUCCAUUAGCCAACCUGCACUGAUGUCGGUGUAUGUGUGGAGUGGAACUGAACAGCGUAGCAUGCUGGAGGAGAGUGGCCGGUGAACAUGUUACGUUUAGUUGUGAAUCCGCGGAUUCGUCACUUUGUUUACUAUUAUUGAUCUCAAGACGAUAUUCGAUCCUAACAUUUUUUCUCUCGCGGUCUAUACUGUACCGCUUUUGAAUGGUUACUUUUAAUGUGUAUGUUAUUAUAGUAUACUGGACGCUUUUUGCGCGUUUACGUAGUUUUUGAAGUAGGCUCGGCUAUAUUUUAUGUAUGUCGUUUCUGUGAACAUUCUCUUAUUGUUAUGUUUCAUGUAAAUUAUUGCAAUGUAUAUUCAAUAUAAACCUCAUAAAUCAUAAUGUUUAAAGUGAUGUAUUAAUGUCAUAAAAUAUUCAAACGUAUCAUGUACAUUAUUGGCUUAUUACUUUGAAUUUUUUUUUUAAAGAAACGAAUGGGUAAAAUGUAGUAAAUUAUAAUGGAAUUCGAUUUGAUAAACAGUGAAUUGCUUUCAGAAAUUUCUCGGUAGGCGUUUAAAGUAGCACUUUUGAUCUACUCGAAGUAGUGGUAAUUGAAUGCAAUAAAUGUUUAUAAAGUUUUGUAACAUAGUUUUGUACAAGUUUUGGGAAUAGAGUCCACUAUGGAGAUAAGCGUCUCGGCCUCUGUGCUUCUGUACAAAGCUCUGUGACAUUAAUUUAGAUGUUGUAGGUGACUCGAGUGAUUGUCAUAGAAUAUUGAACUUGUUGGUGUUGUAUAUAGAGCUAUGAUCCCACCAUUACAUUACAAUAUAUCUAAGUACUAGUUGUAUCAUUGUGACACCAUUAAUGUUUAUUUGUUAUUUACACAUAGGUAAUAUUCCGAUAGCAUAUUGUGAUUUUUGAAGCGAAGCUUUUUUACGGACAUUUGGGCUCCCUCUGCGGGUAGUACCUAAACGAGCAAAACGUCGCCGGUAGCAUUCGCUCUUCCGAGACACUACAUACUAGAAUGAGAAGAUAGCAUCUUCUCAUUCUACUUUGUAGAAUGUACUGGUGGUACUGUAGGUACCAGUCCAGCUCAGUCAAAAUUACUUUUAACGAAAAAUGCGUAUAAGCUUCGCUUCUGUCGGACGUCCUCCGACGCCUGAAUUUUUAAUUUCCAUUAAAGUGUCUGUAUAUACUUAAAAAUUCUAAUGGUUUUAAUUUUGAUUGAUGUGUUUUAGUUAUUUAAAAAGAAUUUUAGUGAAUGAUAUAGUCAUUAUCUUGCUUCUUUUUCUUGUAUUUUGUGUCUUUCGAGUCAAUCACUCUUAAUUAUUUAUGCUCGCUUUAUAAAAUGAAAAAGAAUCAAAAGAUAAUAUUAAUAUUAUAUUGUUUUUAUUUAAAAUAACUCGACUAUAUAUUUAUUAUUUUGAUGAAAAUCUGUUCUCUAAUUCUUAAGUUUCUUAAUAAUGAAGGUACCAAUUUCAAUACAUAAUAUACAAUUACAAUGCAUUAUAUUUAAUAUUAUAAAUAUGUAGUUACGUACUGUGGCCAAUAAAAUAACAAUAUUUAUAAUACCAUUUUAUACCCACACCCCAUUUACAUGCUGGCAGCUGUUGUCGCGUAAUAUGAUAAUUACAAAACAAUUGUCAGAAAUAUUAACUGUGAUUUUCGAAAUUGUCAAUAAGUUGAGCAAAUAAAUGAAAUGAUGUAAUGUA